UCAAGUGCGAAAUUUCGCUGGCAGACGGAACCACAUCUUCGCAAGAGUGUCUGUCGACUGUCUGAAAAAUAUUAUUUGGAGGAAGAUGUUUAAACAUUCGUUUCAUAAUACUACCGGAGGCUACCAACAAUCGCACAUUGCUGGGUACAGACUUUUUGGAGGAGGUUGGAGUCGUGCUAAAUAUGGGUCAAAAGUUUUGGUAUUAUGAAAACUGCCCUAACGUUCAUUUUGACUUCGCCGAAGCACUGCUGCUAAGCCACAAUGUAAUAGAUAGCGUCAAGGUGUGCAAACGUAGCCCGUUCGAUGUUAUGCAGAGCGAAUCGAAGCGAUACCAUAGCGAAGUGUACAUGUCGGAUUUCGAAAGUUAUGGACCAGAGCUGGAAGAUGGCGACUAUUCGCCGCACUCCAUCCAAGCGAUCUUCAAAGAUGCGUUGCAACCAGACGAAACAACCCCUGACCGUACGACCACGCGAGAACUAUUUACAGGCGUAGUGUACGGAGGGAACACCAGCGAUGACGGAUUCACCCCGUUAAACUCGUUGGACCUGAAAAUCUUAAAGACUACAGAUGCAGCGAGUUUGUUAGAAGAAGAAAAGCUGGAACUAGACCGCCUCCUAUGUGAUCAUGAGCCAAUUACCUCUCCACCAUACCGGUUGUCGUUUCCAAAAACGCUCGAACUUAAGGCGGAGAUUGACAAGAUGUUGACGAUGAGAGUGGUGGAAGAUUGCCGAAACGAGACGGUGGUGUGCGUAUCUGUGCGGAUUACCGGAAGUUGA